AUUGUAUUGUAUUGGAUAUGCCCAAUGGCACCCCGUCCGAGAGUCUUCGUCGACAUUCAGUCGCCUGCAGUCACCGGAAGACUCAUAAUAGAGCUCUUCAAUGACAAGGCUCCAAAGACCUGCGAGAACUUCCGCUCUCUCUGCACCGGCGAAAAGGGCACUGAUCUGACAUACAAAGACAGCGUCUUCCACCGCGUCGUCGCUGAUCCCGCAUAUCUCGUGCAAGGCGGUGACAUCACCGCCGGCGACGGAACAGGCGGAAAAUCAAUCUACGGCGAGCCGUUCGCGGACGAGAACCUCAACUGGCGGUCGAUAGACGAACCUGGUCUGCUGUGCAUGGCAAACAAAGGGCCAGACACAAACACCAGCCAAUUUAUCAUCACCCUCGCUGCAUGCACUGAUCUCGACGAAAAAUGCUGCUGCUUUGGAAGAGUCAUUCCAGAAUCACUACCACUCCUCGACAGCUUCGCAAACGUCGAGAUCGACCUCGACAACGACGACGACCGACCAGUCGCGGGCCAGGAGCCGCGCAUAGUGCAAUGCGGCGAACUGAUAUUCAAAAAGAAAAAGAAACCACAGACCGAAGAACGACAAGAGACCAGUCGGAAGAGGUCUGUCUCGCCUGAUCGACGGAGAGACAGGAGCUUGAGCAGAAGCAGAAGCAGAUCUCCGGUGGUGUCGCGCUCGCGCCGCCGCAGUAGCUCGUCGGUGGAGUCUGUCGAUAGGAAGAAGCGAUCCGAAGACGACCAAGACCCAGAGCGCCCGGAGAAGAAAGAUCCGCUUGAGCCGGUGCGCAAUCCUCUGAGCAGGACCUAUGACCGACGGCGACACUCGCGCGAGCCUGAGGAUAGAGACAGAGAUAGAGACAGAGACAGACGGGACCGGGAUAGCAGGCGCCGACACGAAGGUGGUCAUGAGGACAGAUACCGCGAGCGCCGGCCGCACGACCGACGACGCGUGGACUACCACGACAGAGACUACGACAGAGACUCAUAUCGGGGCAGCGACAGUCGUGAGAGGUUUUCGAACGGCGGAGGUGGUGAGGACGAGAGCAAGAGCGGUGCGCCGCCGAUAAAGUACAAGGGACGCGGGAAAAUGACUUAUCGCGAGCGGUUUUGAGGGUCACUUGUAUCAGUGGAUGUAUCAGAUAGUGUAUAUUAGCUGUUUGCUUGUUUAUUAGACCACUUUAAUGCUGUUUAUGCUGCUCGCUAUCGCACUUCCACCA